CUUUUCUUAACUUUUAAAACAAAACCUGAGUUCUUAAAAAUAUCUACCAAACAAUCAAAGCUUAGUAAGUUAGCCUACAAGCUUCACUUCAACUCUCGUAUCUUCCCCCAUUUUCUCUCCUUCCAAAAACCCUAAUUUCUAUCUCUCAUACCUAAACCUGUAAGUGUUGUCUCUCUGUUUCUCCCGAGGUACAAACAGGAAGUUUCAGGAUAGUAAUACGUAAGUUACAAACCGAAAGACAAGAAAGGAUCGAAAUUGAGGGUUUUAGGUUUUUGUUGAAGCUAUAAUCGAUGGCAAAUUCUCAAAUUGAAGCUGGCGCUCCCAUCAAUCUACAAGAGUUGUAUCCUUCUUCGCCGUUUUACAAGGAAGCUGUUUCACUUCGAGUUACAGGAACGCUGAAAGGAUAUUCAAUUGAAACAGCGAUAGGUGUUAUUGAAGAUGGAGACAAAAGUCUCAGAAUCGACACUCAACACUUGAGAGAUGUUAGUUUUCGGGUUGGCUCAAUUUACCAGUUUAUUGGAGAGCUCCACAUUGAUCCCAAUAAUGAGGCGAUCUUGCAGCCUCGAACAGGAAGAAAUGUGGAUGGAAUCGACAUGAAUCUUUACCGUAAAACAAUUGAACUCCUAAGGAAGUUUCUUGAAGUAGAAGACAACAGAAACAUGGUUGAAUGAGGAUAACUAUCCGAUGCCAUCCAAGUAACAUAACCCACCUACAUUUUGAUGUUUUGUCACUUGUAGAUGAGUCUUCGGGUUGUUUGAUAUGUUUUGGUCUGCUUUUUUAUAUGAGCAAUGUUCUGAAAAGAAUGUGUUUGAAUUUAGCCUGCGAGGGAGUCCGGUUUGGUUAGUCAGUUGAACCGGUAUGGUUUUGAUAGUGAAUUAGCCACAGUAAUUCCGUUAAAAAGAACUGCGAACACAUUUCGUACUUUGAAAAGAGAGAAGUCUUUUUACGGUGCUAUUUAAUCACUGAUUCUAAUUAUGUAUUAACUUUGGGAGAUUUGGUUUCAUAAUAUAAAAAUAU